AUGACCCUCCAUGAGGUACAAGAACACGAGGCUGAGACCGAAGGUGACCAUGAGGAAGAAAUCCUGGAACAGCCUGGCGCUGGACAGAAUCCUUACCCAGAACUAAUGAAGGACACCUCGUUUACACGCUGUUUACUCGUCACAAGAGCAGGCGAACAUACCGACUCGUUUUCUCGUUGUCUCUUACCUCUAGGUCAUGGAUUUCCACUGUAUUCACCCGUUGGCAACCUCACCAGUCGACCACAAGAGCAUAUCAAGCAAGGAGUCUCUGUUGGCGACGUUGGACUCAUAGACGAAAGGGGACAGUUCACAUACUUCUUCAAUGUCUUUCUUCCUACGACCCACCCGCGCCAGGGGGAAGUUCUGCCCGACUUCGUACCAAUGCCGCCGUUGGACCGCUCAGUGGACCUCAGAGAAGAGUCUCAAUAUCACCCUCCCGGCACCGUCCUCGUCAGCAAAGGCGUACUGACGUCGUAUCUUUCAAAAUCUCCCAUGUACAUAGAGUUCAAAAUUAAGGCCCGUGAAGGAGCCGUAUGGAUAUUUCCACAUGGAGCAUCUCGGGAAGACUUGAUUUCAACGACUCGCCUGCACGAGUACAUCAAGACGCACGCACUCACUUGGUACCGGCAUAUCAAUACAGGCCUUUCGCAACUUUAUCCCAAUGCCUCGCUCUAUGUUGUGACAGGCUGCGACAAAACCAAUUCAUGGGCAAAUCUGUCGUCGCUUGUCCCGGUUACGGUCCGCUACGAUGGCCGGAAAAGGGCCUACUGGGACGCCAACGUGGAAUAUGUUACCAGUAGUAUCAAUCGAGAUCCUAAUAAAUACACAGACAACUGUGCCGUCUUCAUCCGCGGCAUUCGAGUCGCAGUAAAUCCUACCCUCUGGACAAAACACCUUCUCGGAAGUCGGCCUCCGGAGCAAUUGGCCUACUGCAGCAUUCUCGCAACACCAAUUCUGGGUAUCCGUGCCAGGAUUCGGACAUGGCAGGAAGAUAGGAAGGGCAGACUUCCUGCAGCUAUUCCUGGCCAAGAGCCACGACCAUAUCAUCCUCUGGAAUUUGCAGCACAGCUGGUGCUCAACGACUCGCCUGAGGCAGCUAUAGCAAUUGUCGAUGACUAUAUGUGGGCUGCUGUUGCAGAUGGGGAGGAAGGGACUUACUUCAGGAUGGUCGACCAGCUUAUUAGGCUACUUGAAGCUUUCGACGUCGUACUAGAAAAUGACAUCGCCACGUUGAAGCGUAAGGAGCCCGAGCCUCGGCAUACAGCCAUUCUCGCAUGGCUGCGUAGCCUUCUUAUUCUAGCACUUGGAGUCAAGCGAAGGGCUCGGAACGCGGCGAGGGCGAAGGUUGGCCAAGUUCUCCCAGGACCGGGGCCAAGAUUGUAA